CUGGGUGCCCUUGUACAGUAUCUUCAUCAGUCUUUGCAACGUGGGCAUCACGUCUGCUUGGACCUGUCCAAGGACCAGGGACCCUUCUUGCUCAGAUAUGCCACCGCCACUGCUGCCGAUGGACCUCAAAGGGGAACCUGGACCUCCUGGAAAGCCUGGCCCAAGAGGCCCUCCUGGGCCACCUGGCUACCCUGGGAAGCCAGGCACUGGCAAACCAGGACUUCAUGGCCAGCCAGGUCCUGCUGGCCCACCUGGCUUUUCUGGCAUUGGCAAACCGGGCAUCCCAGGGCUUCCUGGCAAGGCAGGGAUGAAAGGGCUGCCGGGGAUGAAAGGUGAGCCUGGGAUAAGAGGAGACCAAGGGCCAAGAGGUUUGCCGGGCCCACCGGGGUUGCCAGGACCAGCAGGCAUCUCUGUUAAUGGAAAACCAGGCCCAGUGGGCAGCCCAGGCCUCCCAGGAUUCCGAGGGGAGCCUGGGGCAAAGGGAGAACCUGGCCCACGCGGCGAGCGGGGCAUGAAGGGCGAGAACGGAGUGGGGAAGCCAGGGCUGCCAGGGCCGCGCGGGAACGUGGGGCCCCCUGGGCCAGCCGGUCCUCCUGGACCGGUGGCCAUUGGGAAGCCUGGACUGGAUGGAUUGGCUGGCGCUGCAGGUAGUAAAGGUGAUGCGGGGCUUCCAGGGGAACCGGGGCCUGUUGGGCAGCCUGGGCCAGUGGGCCCUCGUGGCCCCCCGGGUGUGGAUGGAAUUGGCAUACCAGGGGUAGCCGGUGUGCCAGGCAUGCAAGGGCCCAUGGGCCCCAAAGGGGAGCCCGGUCUCCGGGGCCUUCCUGGGAUGCCUGGGCCAACAGGAUACGGGAAGCCAGGACUGCCUGGCUUAAAGGGAGACCGCGGACAACCCGGCAUACCGGGAAUUAUUGGAGACAAAGGGGAGCCAGGAAUGGAUGGCGAGCCAGGUGAGAUGGGGCCCCCAGGCAUUAUUGGGCCUCCCGGUGCACCUGGCUCCAUGGGCUUGCCAGGCAAACAUGGCAUUCCUGGUCCCAAAGGUGAAACUGGACCGGGCGGGCCUGCGGGACUACCAGGCAUGCGUGGGGACCAAGGGCCCAGUGGUUUCGUGGGGAAGCCGGGGAUUCCUGGGGAGAGAGGACUUCCUGGUCCACAGGGGAUGCUUGGUCCCAUGGGCCCCAAGGGGGAAAACGGUUUCAUGGGACUUCCAGGGGUUCCUGGGCCCCCUGGCCCCAUGGGCGGAAAGGGGGAUUCUGGAAUCCCGGGGCAGCCAGGCCUCAGGGGCCCGUCGGGAAUACCUGGAUUGCAGGGCCCUUCUGGGCCAAUGGGCCCUCAAGGUUUACCAGGCCUGAAAGGGGAGCCGGGCCUGCCAGGGGCCCCAGGAGCUGGCAAAGUAGGGGAGCCAGGCAUCACAGGGCCCAUUGGGCCACCAGGGGUUCCUGGUAACCCUGGAUUAAAUGGGGUGCCAGGGCCCCCGGGCCCACCCGGCCCCCCAGGUGCGCCAGGAGUGUUUGACGAGACAGGGAUUGCGGGCCUCCACUUGCCAGACGGAGGAGUGGAGGGAGCUGUGCUGGGGAACGGCAAGCCUGGGAAGCCGCAGUACGGCCGAGGGGAACUGUCUGCCCAGAUGGUGCCUGCCUUCACUGCCAUCUUGACCUCACCGUUCCCAGCUUCAGGAAUGCCCAUAAAAUUCGACAGGACUUUAUACAACGGGCACAAUGGCUACAACCCAAUGACGGGGAUCUUCACUUGCCCCCUCUCCGGCAUCUAUUACUUUGCUUAUCACGUCCACGUUAAAGGAACUAACAUCUGGGUGGCACUUUAUAAAAACAACGUGCCUGCCACCUACACCUAUGAUGAAUACAAAAAGGGCUACUUGGACCAAGCUUCCGGUAGCGCCGUGCUUGAACUCAAGGAGAACGACCAGGUCUGGGUCCAAAUGCCAUCGGAUCAAGCCAACGGCCUGUACUCUACUGAAUACAUCCAUUCUUCUUUUUCUGGAUUCCUCCUUUGUCCCACAUAACGGCUAUUGGGCACAUCGCUUUUCAUCCACUUUAGCCAUAAACUUGUCUUUAAAAAACACAAUGCAAAAAACAAAACAAAAAAUACAAGUCACUGGGAAGCUGGUGCACAUCAAUGGUGUGGAACCAUUUUGACCAAGCCAAGGAGUCAAUAUGAGGAAGAGAACUUGGUUGUUGCUGUACCAUCUUUGAAUUUGGAAUUUAGUUCACCCCAGUGACUGCACAUCCGCUACAGAUGCCAACCUGGGGAUUAGCUACCAGUCAAUUCUCUUUGGACACACAGAAGGCAUAUGAUAGAUGGCAGUGCUUGGGGAGCUGCAUCCUACCACAAAAAAAAGUUGUGGAUUUCUUUGGUCAGCUUAAGGCAUCUCCUUACAAAUUUAGCAUUUGUUCCCAUUUCAGCUUUCUGUUUCAAAUGUGAUUUGAGUCAUUCUCUUGUGACAUAAUGAAAACACAAAGGGUUGAAUUGUCAAAUUGUGGAAUGCUUUGCAUAAGCACCUUUUAUACAAUGCUCAACAUGUCGUUAAAGCAUCCCAUCAGAGGCAUAUAAAAAAGGAUAGCAAAUGAAACCUAUUCCAAAGACUUCUGAAAGCCCCUGUAAAAACAGGAUUCCAUAAAAUACUUGUGUUUGAUAGCUUAUCAGUGAACCAUGUAUCUAAAUGCCCAGCAUGUUUAAGUUAGCCAUCUAAAAUCCCAUGGCUGUGUGAAAGCUGUCGUCUGCCAGUCCUGGGAUAAAGGUACUUCAGUUGCUACCAGCUUAACUGGGGAAAGCUUGAAUUGGAGCCUCAAAAGUGCCGGAAAACAGUGGUUUUUCUUCAACUUUUUGUGGAGGAAAGUUGGAAAUACUCGUUCCCCUAAAAUUUUUGAUUUAAAAAAACAGAG